AUGCACCUGCCAUUCCGGUCCCAGGCCUCUGCCCAAGAGUGCCCAGAGCCUUCGUUCCCCGAGGAUAUAAGCUUCGAUGACAACCACAAACCCGACUUUGUUGUUAUUCCCUCCGAGGACGGGGUUGCAGACCUGAAAAAUAAAGUCCUCGAAGAAGUCUUUAAGUCUCUUGAGGACCCCAAUAUAGAGCGCGAACAACUUGAGGAGAUGCUCCGCUUCCAUGCUCACACGGGGCCAGCCUCCCAGUCACUGGACCCAUACAUGGACAACAUCGAAGAACGAAUGGAAAUACUUAAAUGGAUGAAGACGGCGUCUUUUAAGAUGUCGAAUGUUCCUGGGGACAAAACGACUACGAAGAUCAACCCGGAGCUCAUCACCACUCUCGUCUGGGCGUCCUUCGUCCUCGCCCCCAUCGAGGUUCUCCGAGCCUGGCGCACGAGACACAGGCGGGGAGAAUGUAUGAAGGACUUGUUAUCGGUCAUUGAAGACCUCGGAUAUCACCUGCCCCGUCUAGUCAAGAGUUUUGGGCGAAGAAACGAUUGCCCCAAGAUUGAAGACGAAAUUGUCAGAGCCAGAGACGGCGACGUCUGCCCGUUGACCAAGGUGGAGAAUCGCUUCGGUGACAACGACGAUACCACCAUAAUGUACCACAUACACCCAUUCAGUAAUGAGGCCGUUCUCGAACAGACGCACGCGGCACUCAAAGUCCUGUCAUGCUUCUGGGGCUGCGACUUCACGACACGAUGCCGCAAGCUUUUGACGAAGAGUGGUCUCGAAGACCCCAAGAACAUCGUAACCUUGAGCCUCGUGGCCGUCCCCGGGCUGAAGGAAGGCUUUUGCACCAUCGAGCCCCUCUCAGUGUCUGCCGAUGGGUUGACGAUGCGUGCUCGUCACCGCCUAUUGCGGUUUUCGAACCUGAUCGAGUCUGAGUCUGCGACGGUGUCUCUCGACGAGGACCCGCGGGACGUGUUACAGCCCAGAUUUAUGAUGGACCUGUAUUUUCCGGUUCGUUUGGUUCAGGUCAGGACGAACCAAGUUAUUCAUGAUGGGUUUGAGUUUGAGAUCACCUCGGAUGACCCCGAAACGCUCCCUAGCUCUGAUCUUUUGGAACUUCAACAUCGGGUGUUUAUGAUUACGGCUUUGUCUGGCCUUUUAGAUACCAGCAUUCUAUCUCGAGAUGAGGCAUCCGAAGGCUUCGACCCAAGGUCAGACUAG